AUGGCCAAGGUCAAGGUGAGGGACAAUAGAGGACAGGCGCGCAAAAAGGCGAAGAUCGCGCAGCACGGCAAGAUGAUGCGUGUGCAAAAAGUCGGCAGCCACAAGCUCGCGCCCGCCGCGCCACGAGGCGGCGGCGGCGGCCGCUCAGCCAACCCUCGGCCGGCAUCGUCCGAGCCCUCGCGGCGGCCGCACAAUCCCUACGCCAAGGAUAGCUCGCGGCGCGUGCUGCUCCUCGGCGAAGGCGACUUCAGCUUUGGCGCGGCGUUGGCGACGCUGUGGGGCGGCCAGUGUGAGCAGCUGGUGGCGACAACACUCGAGUCUGAGGCGUCGGUGCUUGCGGAGGGUGAGGCGGCCGACAAUGUCGAGAUGAUUCGCGCCGGCGGCGGAAGGGUCCUUUUUGGCAUCGACGCGACGUCGCUUUGCACCAGCGCCCCUCUCGCAGUCAAGCGCCGGUUUGACCGCGUCGUUUUCAACUUCCCUUUGGCGUCCGGCGCAGGCAGCGGACGCGACCUGCAGGCGGCGACGCAGGCCAACCAGGCACUGGUACGGGCGGUCUGCUCCAACGCUGCCGCCGGAGGCUUGCUCGUCCCUGGCGGCGAGCUCCACAUUGCGCUGCCCCGGGGCGCUCCGUUUGACGGGUGGGGAGUGCCGAUGCUGGCUCGCCUCUGCGGCCUGCGCGUCAAGUCGGCGGUCCCGUUUUCGCCCGCGGUGUUUCCAGGGUAUAGCGGGGGGCACGCGGCGGGGGCGGGAGCGCUCACCUACGAGUUUGUGGUGCCCGACCGGGCAAGCCAAGCUCCCGAGGCGGGCGGCAAGAAGAAGUUCGACGGGGACGCAGCGGCGAUGAACAAGCAGCGGAGGCGGAAGGGUCGCAAGCCGUGA